UCAUGAUGUGGCUGCAGCAGAAAUGCCACGAGAAGGUGAUCAGGGUGACGGCCAUUCCGACGAGUAUCAACAGCGCGGACAUUGGCACCAAGGCGCUGGCACGCGCCAGGAUGAGAGGACUGAUGUUCAUGACGGGCAUGGUUGACGACGACAACCGCGUGCUCGGGAAGGACGAGUUCCGCGACAUCGAGCGCAAGAUGCUGAGCGACAAGGGCGCUAAGAAGAUUUUCAGCGGCUUGAAGGAUGAGUAUCGCAUGGCUUUGGUGAUGGCCUUUGCCAACGUGACAGCGGAACCAAG